AUGUAGAUUUAAGAAACAAAGAAAAAGAUUAAAGAUUUAUCAGAUUAUUUAGCAAAAUAAUUUGUUGAAUAUGAAAAGGAAUAAGAGAAAAAAAAGAUAUAAAAAAUAAGAAAUGAAUUAGCUAAGAAACAUUAUAAAAAUAGAUUUUCAAGUUUUACUAAUUCAUUAAAUCGCCCUUCAUUUAUAAUUUAGAUCAAGGAGAAAGAUUUAUUUGAUAAUAAAUCUGUUUUUAUUAAUAAGGAUGUUCCACAAUUAACAGAUCUUUAAAAAUCAUAAUUGGUUUCUCCUGAUAGAAAUUAAAAUCCAUCUUAUAGUAUAAAAUUUAAUUACAGUAGUAAUACAUUAAUUGGAUAGACCAACAAAUAAAUAAAAAAGUGAAUUUCCUCCUGUAAGAAAAAGAUUUUUAAGUUAGAGGGAGGCUAAUCGUAUCGAAUUUUGGGAAAAGAAUUUUAUUCAUUUACAAGAAAUAGAAUAGAAAGAAGUAAAAUAAUAUAGAUUAAAUAAUAGAAAAGCAGUCUCUUAAUUGGAAAAAUUAAAAAAUAGAUCUUAGAAUAAAGGGAAGUAAAAGUAUUUAAACCUACUGAUCAAUGCUUAAGAUAUUUUAAUAAAAAUAUAUCUAUUUUAUCUGAGAAACCAAAAACUGAAAGGUAAUAAAGUAAAGUUUUAAGUCUACAAAAAAUUAAACAAAAAAAUGUUUGGAUGCCUAAUAAUAAUUAUUUUUGA